CGUUACUGUUCAUCCGCGAUCUCCUUCCUUCCGCGCGAUCACAGCCCCCAUCUUCUUCCAGAUCUACUUUUCAGUGAGUUUCAUUGGCGUUGGAGCUUCCAUCCGUUGGCUUCCAAGUCUUGAUCAUCUGCACGCACCGGCGAGUAUCUCUCCGGAGCUCAGAUCUAUUCGUGUGCCUUCUUUGUUUCAGCCAUCAGCAGAGGACUUUCUUCGUUGAUAGUGGCUCGCCCUCAAUCUGAGAGUACCGAUCCAGAGAAUCUGGAUUUCAGAUCUACAGAAUUUCAAACUUGCAGUUCAGCUCGUCAUCAGCUUUUCCAGAGAAUCCAGCUCGUCAGAUCUGCAGAAUUCUCUGGUGCCGAAGGAGGUUGAACUAAGUUCAGUGGCUGAGAGCUUCUCCUUCAAGUCCGAAGUGAGGUUUCAUUAAGGGUCCUUGUGUGAUGGCAAGGAGAGGCUUGUUAGAAGAGUAGAUUUGAUUAGAGAUGGCUUAGAUUUUAGUUCUGCAGUUUAUUGUUUCUGCAUCUUUGUUUUCUUUAGAAUUUGUCAUCGAAUUCGUUGUUUCUUCAAAUCUGAACCGAGUAGUUCUAGUUUUGUUCCUUUAGAUCUCAUUUAUGCAAUUAAUUCUGUUUCUCUUAUUUCUCUAGUUAGGAAUCUUUAGAUUUUAAUUCUGCAGUUUAUUAUUUUUGCAUCUUUGUUUUCUUUAGAUCUUGCUAUCAAAAUUCUUGUUCUCUAAUUCUGAAUUAUGUAGUUCUAGUUUGUUACCUUAAAUCUCUUUUGUGCAAGUCAAUUCUGUUUUCUUUCUUGUUUCUAUAGCUAGAGUUCUACAUUUCUGUGCUACAAUUUUUCUUCCUGCAAUUCCAGUUUCAUAUCAAUUUCUGCACAAGUCAUUCCUACAAAUUUAAUUCUGUUGUAUCUCUUUUAGCUUCUAAAUCACAAAGUAUGUUAGUUUUCUUUAUCUAGGAUUUAAUUGUUGCUUAAGAUCAGAUUUAUUAAUUGCAUUUCAAUUCUUAACUUAGGAUUUGAAACGAAACUAAACACUUCAAUUUUAUCAAGAGAAAACCUCAAAAGAUAAAUAAAUCUAAUCUAAGAUCAAGCAUUCUACUAUUAGUUUCCUUGUGAGCUUCGACUUGGGACUCGUACUACAUCCUCGUUUUUAUGAAUAGAGAGUUUUCAAUAUUAAAUUGUUAAUUUGAUGAUUGACCAUUAUCAAAUUUUGGCGUCGUUGCCGGGGAAACUAGUAGAGUUUGUUUGUUUUUAGAUUGAGCAUAGUUUAUCUUUUCUUUGUUUUCACUUCCUUGAUUUUAUUGUCUAUCUACUUUUGUUCUAACUAUUGAUUUUUGGUGGUAUGACCAGGUCCUCGUGUGAAAAGUUACUUGAUCUUGAUCCAGAAAUUGAAAGGACCUUCAGAGCUUUGAAAAUUCAAGAGAAAAAUUCAGAGGACUCAGAAAGUUCUUUAUCAUCUUCAGAUACCCCCAUGGCUGAUCAUAGCAGAACAAUGAAGGAGCUUGCAGCUCCUGAUGAGGCUUUCAAGUAUUCUUGCAUUACUUAUCCAUACUUGGCAGGAGAUUUCGAGCUUAGAUCUGGAUUGAUUCAUUUGCUUCCAAAAUAUCAAGGAUUAUCUGGAGAAGACCCAAAUAGACAUUUGCAUGAAUUCCAUGUGGUGUGUUCAACCAUGAAGCCACAGGGUAUUUCAGAAGAGGAUAUCAAGCUAAGGGUUUUUCCAUUUUCAUUAACUGGAGUAGCAAAAGAUUGGUUGUAUUAUUUGCCACCAGGAUAUAUCACUUCUUGGAUUGAUAUGAAGAAGGUUUUUUUGGAGAAAUUCUUUCUAGCUUCAAGGACUGCAAUUAUCAGGAAAAGUAUCUGUGGGAUUCAACAAGUGGUGGGAGAGACAUUAUAUGACUAUUGGGAGGUAUUCAAGAAAUUAUGUUCAAGUUGUCCUCAGCACCAGAUCAGUGAGCAGCUACUAGUCCAAUUCUUCUAUGAGGGUUUACUACCUAUGGACAUGAGUAUGAUAGAUGCAGCAGCUGGAGGAGCUUUAGUGAACAAGACUCUAGAACAAGGUAGGGAGCUUAUUUCGAACAUGGCAGACAAUUCACAACAAUUUGGAAGUAGAGCUUUGACAACAAGAGGGGUUGGAGAGGUUCAAAUGGUUUCCAAUGAACAAAAGGAGAUAAGAAGCUCAUUACUAGAGUUAACAUCUUUGGUGAAGCAAUUGGCAUUAAACAAUGCUAAUCAAGUUUCUAUUUUGCCAAGCACACAGUUUCCGUAUCAAUCAAAGGGAGUUUGUGGCAUUUGUUCAAGCCAAGACCACAAUUCAGAGUUGUGCCCAAAUCUUCAUCAAGAUGAGUCAGUAGCAGCAUUUUCUAGAGCUCAAUUUCCUCAAAAAUAUGACCCUCAUUCCUCUACUUUUAAUCCUGGUUGGAGAGAUCAUUCUAAUUUUAAGUAUAGCAACUCAUUUUAUCAGCAACCACCUUCGAAUCAGAAUUUUCAGCAACUUCAACAGGGAUUCCAACAGCAGAAUCAGCAUUUCCAGCACUCUUACCAACCUGCAAAUCAAUUCCAACAACAAUUUCAGCCUUAUCAGCAGUUUCCAAAUCAAAAUCAGCAAUGGCAAUUCCAGAAUCAGGGUGUUCAACAAGGGCAAAAUGUAAUACAGAAUGCACUUCCAGCACCUUCAAGAUUAAGUUUAACUCAAGGAAGUUCUAAUAUAUCUUCAAAUUCGGAUACACAACAAAAGAUGGAUGAUUUGAUGCAACAAAUUUUAUAGCAACAACAAUUGUUUUUACAGCAGCAGCAACAUUAGCAAAGGAUAGAUUCAGCUUUGCAAAACAUUGAAAGACAGAUUAGCCAGCUAGCAACGAAUAUGAAUCAAAUGCAAGCUCAAGGUUCAAAUAAAUUACCUUCUCAAACAAUGCCAAACCUAAAAAAUGUGAGUACGUUGACUCUUCGAAGUGGGAAAACCAUAACAGAACCAAUAAAAAAUGUUCCAAUUGGAUCAGAUUUUGUUGCACCAAUUCCAGAUUCGCAUUCGAAAGAAUUUGUACCAAGAAAUUUGAAUUCAGAACCCACUCAACCAGUUCAGAUCAGUGGAAGUAAUAUAUCAGAACAAACUUCAACAACUUUUUGUUCAGCAGAACAAGAUGACUCACAUUCCGCUCCAAUUUCAGCUCAAAAUAUAGAGAAAGAAGCACAACAGCAAGAUACAGGUAAAAAAAAAGUGGACUAGGGGAGGCUGGAGGGCAAUGCAGAUGAGGAUGUGUG